UGUCAAGUGGAAAACAACUGAAAAGAUUUUUAUAUAACAAUAAUCUUAUGGACUGCAAUUGUUAGUUUUAAAUUGAAGAACUUCACCACCAAUCUCCAUAUAUUUGGGAUGCAUUGAGUGAAAUCGAAUAUUCUUUCCUGGAAUUCAUGACUAUUUUGUGAAGUCGGAAAUUUUUCCUAGCGACAUGAUUUUUAUGAGCGAAGUCAUUGAAACAUUUUCAGAGGGCAAGAAAGUGAAAAAAGAGAGCACGAUUUUGAGGCAUUUAUUGAGUGUGUUUUCCAAAAUUGAUUAUACUAAGAAAUUGUGAAGAACACAGUUGAGAUAAACAUAGGAAAUGUGGGAUUUGUAUGAUCUGAAGAUAUCGCUCAGAGCUCAGAAGGCAGGUUUAGGAAUCCUGUAAGUGAUAAGGAAGGCUGUUAAGGUGAUAAAUUAAGGAGAAAAAGCAAUGAUAAUUAAGCUCUAGUUGCUCAUUUAAGUUUUUUUGUCAUAGUUUAACGGUAGAUAUAGUUAAUAGUAUAGUUAUAGUUGAUAGUCUGCAAAGCUGAACUAGAUUGCGAUGAUUCGUCUGCACAAUCUUCACUCAUCUUCAGUCUGCGCGAUGAUCAGCUCUGGCGAGAGACGGAGACGAGAGGCGUUCGCAUGUGGUGCGCUGUUUCUCUCCUUUGCAUCCUCGAGUUUCUGGCCUCAUCAUCAGUAUCCAAUAAUACGAUCUCGAGUGUAUUCAUGUGUGGCGUUCGGGAGCAGAUCUCAGUCGGAAUUAGUUAAUCACCCCGAAUGGACGUGUGAGUCAGUGAGUGAUCUCGUGAUCCUGUGCAGAGGGAUAAAAUCGUGUCACACGUGAAAAGAUGAUAAAGAGUGAGGACAACGUAGACUCGAGCAGCUCCAACAUCUACCAGCGCUCCACCCCGAAUCACAUCAUGCCACCGACGACGAUCUCCACCGCCGGCGACAGCAUGAUCAACCAUUUGCUGGGCAUCGACGAGAAGCCCUCGGUGGCCUACCUUAAUCGCCACCUCCUGACCAACCCCCUCAUCGCCAGCCACACGCCCACCAUCCAAAUGGCGCCCGCGAUCACCAGCAUCCCCUCGUCGGUGCUCUGCAACCCUCCGCAGAGCAAAUCGCCCUCACGGCUGUCCCUGCCGCCGCACAUCACCACCCUGGGCCCCGCCAUCACCUCCAGCCACCUCAUCACGACGCCCAACAUCAAGUAUUGCACCAGCGCGGGCAUGGAGGUUGUUGCGCACCCGCCGCCGGCGCCGGACACCAGCAGUGUCUCGCCGACGUCCUCCAGCGGCCCGCAGGCGGACCAGAGCUUCGGGGCGCCGGCCAAGAAGGGGCAGCAGAGCGAGAACGCCGCCCCGGACACUACAAAGAAGAGCACCAACACGCGACGGCCCGAGAAGCCCAAUCUCAGCUACAUCAACAUGAUAGCCAUGGCGAUCAGGGACUCGCCGGACAAGAUGCUCACGCUCAGCGGAAUUUACGCGUACCUCCAGCAAAAGUUCGACUUCUUCAAGGGUUCGUACGUCGGCUGGAAGAACUCCGUGCGGCACAACUUGUCGCUCAACGAGUGCUUCCAGAAGGUGCCAAAGAACGCGGGCAUCGGGAAGUCGGGCAAGGGCCACUACUGGACCAUCGAGGCCAAGUCGGAAUACAUGUUCCAGGACGAGAGCUGCCAGAGACGGCGGCCGCGCGGCUACCGGAAAAAGAUGAACACGGCGCCGUAUCCGCAGCCCAGCAACUUCUACACGGCAACACCCACUUAUGAACCCACUCCGAUCGCGGAACUGCCGAACUGCUACUCGUCCUUCUCCUACGAGUAUCCAACGGCGCCGCCGUCCUUCAGCGACAGCUGGACUUAUCCUUCGGACGGCAUCAGCCAGUACCAGAAGAUUUCGCACGUGUCCAUGCAGGACGGCUCGCCGCCGCUCAACCAGAAUCCCAGCCAAGUGAUCGAGUACGGAUACUCGUACAGCGCAAAUCCCUACGCCAUCGACAACAGUAUUAGGCUGACGCAAAUGCCGCCUCCACUGCCGGCUAUGCCGCCGGUGACGAACGGCGGCGGCGUGCUGAUGGACCGAAAGGGCGGCUACACGACCCCAAUGACACCCCCAACCGCCACUCUGCAUCACACAGCGUCCAACGGCACGCUGACGACGCAUCAGCAGUACUACGAGAACAUCAAAUUCUGAGCCUCUCUGACGAGGGAGGGAAAAUAUUGUGAGAUAAAGGCCAAGAGAGAAGAGAUGAACCACUUUUUUUCACCCUCGCGAAGACGAUCUCCAUGUGAAAGCCAUAAAGCGCCCGAUCGUUAUCCUUGCGCUGCAUGUCCAGCUUCCUCUGCUCAUCCGCACAUGAUCCGUGCGAGUGCAAGAGUGAGUGAGUGAGCUAAAAAAGAUCACGGGGCAAUAAAUUAAAAUGUAGGAUCGUAAAA